UUUUAAACUUCGUCUUACUUCCUGUUAGUUUGCCACAGAGUUUCUUCCUACACUAUUUGCUCUCCUGUUCUAUAGUUUCAAUACAAGCUAAGACUUUUUAGAGGAGGAGAACGAGGGGGAGGAUGAGAGGUGGAGUUCAUUGGUCUAGGCUGGAAUAAAGGAGGUGUGGAGCUGCAGAGACACUGACUCUGCUGCCAGAGGUCCACUAGUUUCAUCUGUGAGCGUUUAGUUUGUGUUAUGAGCUUGAAGUAGCAAUACUUAUAUUCAGUAUAUUAUACCUGCUGCAGUAAUAUUCAGUGUUAUUUUCACAUCUAUACAAUCUAUAUAUUGUUCUGCAGUCAUAAUGACAAAUGUCGCUGUGAUCACACAGUAAUUAAAUUAUUUACUUUCACUUUAGAAGCAGAGAGUAGCAGAGCACCAAAACAUUAAGAAAAUGGAGAAUUAUGAGGAAUCUGUGUCGUUUUUGGGAAACUGGGGUCCGUUCCAGAAGAGAAUUUUCUUCAUACUCUGCCUCACCUGCAUUCCAUGUGGAACCAACAUCCUGUCCGUCAUCUUCCUGCUGGCCAGCCCCCCUCACCACUGCCAGAUCCCUAGCGGCAACAACCUGAGCCAAGACUGGAUCCAGGCCAUCAUCCCAGUACAGGUGGACGGGCAGCCGGAGAGAAGCAGCUGCAGCCGGUAUGAACUGGAUCAGGUGAUGAACCUGUCCAUGCUGGGACUCAGGCCCAGCUCAGAGUGGACCCAGAACCAGUCUGGGUCCCAGUCGGGAUCAGAAGUCCUGAUGUUCAACCUAAGGCAGGAAGGAUGUAAAGAUGGAUGGACCUACAGUACUGAGUACUACCAGUCUACUGUUGUCACUGAGUUUGGCCUGGUGUGCAGCGAGCAGUGGAAACAGCCUCUGACCUCUCUCUUGUACUUCUUGGGAGGACUUUGCGGAUGCUUCAUCUCUGGAGAGAUUUCUGACAGGUUUGGUAGGAAGCCUGUGCUGUUCGGUUCCAUUGCCAUACUCGGUGUCUUCAGCAGUGCUUUGUCUUUCGCUCCGUCCUGGCCCGUCUUCACUGUGCUUUUCUUCAUGCUGGGUCUGGGUCAGAUUACAUGCUACAUAGCGGUGUUUGUACUAGGAUCAGAGAUCUUAAUUGGUUCAACCAGAGUCCUGUUCUCCAGUCUGUGCCUGCCUUUCAUAUAUGUAUUUGCCAUGAUGCUGCUGCCUGGCACUGCCUACUUCUUCAGGAACUGGAGACAACUGUCGCUCUUAAUGGCUGUGCCUGGUUUGGCCUGUCUCCCCCUCUGGUGGUUUGUUCCAGAGUCUCCUCGCUGGCUGGUGUCCCGCAGGCGUUUGAAGGAGGCAGAACUUCUGCUGAGGUUGGCAGCUCUGGAGAACCGAGUGGAUGCUCCCCUGGUCAUCUUCCCCUCAGCCACUCUUGACGAUAAAAGCCAGAGCCUCGGCUUUCUGAAUCUGCUGAAAACCUCGAAUAUUCGACAUGUCACACUAACAAUGUGGAUCAUCUGGUUUUCUACGAGUGUCAGCUACUUUGGAUUGUCCUUCAACACAUCCAGUCUCAGUGGCAACCCCUACUUCAACUACUUCCUGCUGUCAGCAGUUGAGAUUCCAGCAUACCUUAUCAGCUGGAUGGCGGCAUGCCGCCUUUCUCGUCGCCUUUCGUUUAUCAGCUUCUCUCUGCUGGGAGCGGUAGCACUGCUCUUAAUCCAGAUCACUCUAAACAGUCAACCAGGUAUCACUAUGGCCCUGGUGCUGCUGGGUAAAUUUGGCAUACUGGUUGGAUCCGGGGUGUUAUACAUAUAUACCGGAGAGCUGUCUCCCACAGUCAUCAGGAAUACAGCUAUGUCAUCCUGUGCUAUGUUCUCCAGAGUGGGGUCAUCUAUUUCCCCAUACCUGCUGGAGCUGGCUGUAUUCCAGCGGCUGCUGCCAUGGAUCGUCAUAGCUUCUCUGUCACUUCUCAGUGUUCUGCUUUGCAUCUUUCUGCCAGAGACGUUCAGACAGCCACUGCCUGACACCAUCCAGCAGAUGCGGGUCACAAAGUGGCUAUGGGCUUCUGCAUCUCCUCCAGAGGAUGAAGGAAAAUCUACAAAAUAUCAGAGUACUUCACCUGACAUUAUCUGCACAACUCACUUAUAAGACUCUCAAAUGAAGGAAACUGCUGUUAACAAAAUAGCCAAAAAGUUAACUGUUUUGCACAAGAUUUACAUUUUUGCACAUGGAUGAAUGUAAGGCAGUUGUGACUUUGAUAUUUCAGUAAGGUAUGUUUUGCUUAAUCUUCCCUGGAGAAUCUGGCCCUGCUUUGGAGCAACUCUUUCUCUAGGAAAAGUUUUGGGGCAUUACCUCUUGUGAAACUAAA